AUGACCGCUAGACCGCUUCCUCCGUUCCUGCCAGAUGGCGCAGACUCCUUCCGAGCCCACGCCCCCGAGCAUCUCGACGACUGGUUCGAGUACUUCAAAAGUGUCUACACCUACGCCGAGGAAGCCCAGAACCGUAUCUCUCACCUCGAGGACCAGCUCCAAGCCGACCAAGAGAAAAUCCAGGAUCGAGAGCAUACCCUCCAGCGGAUCGCUAAAGAGCGCGACGCUGUACAAAUCCAACUCGAAUAUGUUGAGCAACAGACCAAGAGAACCUUGAAAGAGAAAGAUGACGCCCUCUUUGAAGCCCGCCUGGCCGAACGGCGUGCCCUCGACGCCACCCGACCUACCGUACCUACUAUCCCGACUCCUAUGGGAACGACUCCUCCGCCUUCUUCCCGAUCUACCGAAUCAACCAGUCUUACCGAACGAUUACCCGACCCUGACAAGUUUGAGGGCGAACGGAGCGACCUACGCCGUUUCGUCUCCCAGAUACACUCAAAACUAAAAGCUAACCACGACCGAUUCCCGACACGCCUCGCCCGAAUGUCCUAUGUAACUGGCCGUCUUAAGGGACGCGCCUAUGCACAAGUCCUACCGCACAUUAAAGCUGGUGAAUGCCAACUCCCCGACUACCAGGAUAUUAUCGAUCUACUAGAACGCGCUUUUGGAGACCCGAACCGGAUCAAUAAUGCCCGCGCCGAAUUAUUCCGCCUUCGCCAGACUCACAAGGAUUUCAGCACCUUCUUCGCCGAGUUCCAACGCCUCGCGCUGGAAGGAGAAAUGUCAGAAGAGGCCCUCCCUACCCUCCACCUUCCUACAAGAAUUGGAAAACCGACGACGCCGCUUCGCAGCGGAGCCACAGCCUGCGUCACGAAAGACGAAUAUGCCGCUGAAGGAGUACCCCCAGACACUCCGAAAGAAGUCCCCAUCGCCUCGUAG